AUGGCAAACGAUGCCCUAAUCGUGACAAAAAUGAAUUUGAGUUUUGGAAAUACACAACCUAAGAUGCAUGAUAGUUGGUAUGUCAACAAAAGUAGUAAAAGACACAUGCAAUCAAUGAUAUUUCCUGGUGAUUAUCCGAUCGAAGAAUUAAGAGGUCAAUCUAAAGGUAUUAAACAAGUACUUAUGGAACGUAGCUUAUGGCCAUCAAAAAAAAUUCAUUUAGUGUGUAAAGAAUGUUCAGAGAAACAUGAUGAUUUGACAAAAUUGGAUUGUUGUGCGCAAAAAAUUUUGUCUUCCCAACCUGAUUUUUGUGAACAGCAAUCAAUGUUGCAUGAAGCAAUUAGCGAUACUGGGGUUUUUUGA